GUAGGGGGCGCCUGAAUGACUGUUUUGAUAGAAGCCGUGUAGGAAGAAAGUGGCCGCCAUACGUGCGAACCUGCCCAGAUCUCGAAGAGCCGGCUGGAUAUUAACAUUUUAGAACCCAAAAUGACGACUGCACCGUAUAACUAUUCCUAUAUUUUCAAAUAUAUCAUUAUUGGUGAUAUGGGGGUUGGAAAGUCAUGUUUGCUUCACCAAUUCACAGAAAAGAAAUUUAUGGCAGACUGCCCACACACGAUUGGGGUGGAGUUUGGCACACGGAUAAUCGAGGUGAGCGGGCAGAAAGUGAAGCUGCAGAUCUGGGACACAGCCGGUCAAGAGCGAUUCCGUGCAGUCACUCGCAGCUACUACAGAGGAGCUGCCGGAGCACUCAUGGUGUAUGACAUCACCAGGCGAAGCACGUACAACCACCUCAGCAGCUGGCUGACUGAUGCAAGGAAUCUCACCAACCCUAAUACAGUGAUAAUUCUUAUUGGUAAUAAGGCGGACCUCGAAGCCCAGCGAGAUGUUACAUAUGAGGAGGCCAAGCAAUUUGCUGAAGAGAAUGGCCUGUUGUUCCUCGAGGCGAGUGCAAAAACAGGUGAGAAUGUGGAAGAUGCGUUCCUGGAGGCAGCCAAGAAGAUCUACCAGAACAUUCAGGAUGGUAGCCUGGACCUGAAUGCAGCCGAGUCAGGGGUCCAGCACAAGCCCACUGCCCCGCAGGGUGGCCGGCUUUCCAGCGACGCACAGCCGCAGAAGGAGGGCUGCAGCUGUUAAUGACCAUGAAGACUUCCUUUUCCUUUCUUUCUCUCUCUCUUUCCGUAUCUACCCUCCAGCCCUACACCUUGGCCUCUCUCUGUCGCUCUCUUUCUCUUUUUUCCUCCCUCCUUCCAUUCUGAUUGGCCAUGAGGUUGGAGAUUACAGUUUUUGGGCUGGAUGGCUCCAAACAACGGAGGAGUAGUGCAGUCAGCUUCCACCACAUUCAUCUCUUUUCUCCUUUCUUCUCCCUCACUCAUUUUGCCUGUUCAUAACGCACACGUCCCAGUGCACCCUGCGAGCACUCACUGGAGGAAGUUUCCUCCUCGGAACACUAAUCUAGAUGGCUGAUAAACUGAAAAAAAGAAAAAUGUUGAGUUUAUCAAUAAGCAGAGUGAUGUGCAUAACUGUAAAUGAAACAUCUCGUGUACAGCAGCUGUUGGAAUAUUGGGAUAAUUUAAACAGAUGAAAAUUUUGAUAUACGUUAUUCUCGUUCAAGUGAAAAACACGUUUAGGCAGAAUCCGAUUUUAGAAUGUGCUUGAGGGGAGGUGCAUGAUGACCUGUUAUUGUACAUUUUGUUAAAAAGAAAAAAAAAACUUAAUUGAUAUUGUAUUGUUUUAAUUAGGAUUUAUGCAGUGUCACAAGUAACAAAUCACCACAUAUUUAUCCCUGUUUGUACCUACUCAAGACAUAACAUACAAGUACUAUACAAGAUGAGUAUUGUUAAAAACCAAAUGGAAGUUCCAUUUUAAAAAAAAAUCUGCUGUUCUUUUGGUUGCUUCAGAUUCAAAAUGUUUUAAGUUGUAGAACAGUGAUAGUAAUAUAUUGAACGGACACACAUUUGGAGUCCAUAAGAAUGUUUUUGCACUUUGUAGUUGGUUUUCAAAGGCCUGGAGCUUUUUUAUCAUCUUAUUAGUCUUAAGUCCAUCCUGGAACAUUCACAAUGAAAUGUUCACUUUGGGUUUAGAGAUGUACGGAACAGACCAGAACUAUUUGACCUUGAUGAGGGAAUGAACCUCUUAAGUUGUUACAGUCGAAAUUUAGUGCCCUUCAAGUUCAGUGUAAACUCAUAGCAUAUCAGAGUAUUAUUCUUUGAAUUUUAACGUCUGUUGCCUUAUUGUGUUUGCUCUCGUCCUUUUUUCUGUAAAUCCUGUUCAGUUUGUAAUAUACAGUACAUAAUCAAAAAAAUCACUAAACUUAAACGUUAUAAAGUAAGAACUAAUUUUUGGCUUUUCAACCCUUCACAAACAUUCCUUUAGUUUUUCACAGUGAAUUCAGAUAAACUGGAUUUCUGAGUUAUGCAUUGGGAAUUAUCCCAAAUGCAUGUCAAUUUAAGUGACUCAAAUUGACUUUAGGUACCAGUAAAAUAUACAUGCCCUUCUUAAAGAACACAACUUAUUUGACAUGCAACAGAAUGUUUUACUGGUAGACAUUUGGAGGGGAUGGAAAGGCAUAAGGAAGCACUCCAGAAAAUUGUAUUAAAUCUGUCUUAUGAUGAGAUUGUAAAGGAGUGUGUGUGGAGUUUUGUGAACUAAAAUUCUUUUUUUUUUUUUGAGCCCACUCUCUUGCAUUUUUCCAUGUCUCAGUGACUAUAAAAAGUCAUAUAUAACCUGCUCUGAAACUCUGAGGUAUGUCUUCUGUAAGUGACAUUUGUUUGUAAUUAUGUUAAUAAAGACAAUGCUGUAGACGGUC